AUGUUCCUGUGCACAAAAAACAAUGAGCGAAGUCUAAAUGUGCUAGAUAUGGUAUUGAAGGCUGUCCUAGAGAUGGUUUCCUCUUUCAACAUCAUGCCUUCUCGAGAAAGCAAUUGCGAGUCUCGGGUAGAGGAACUAGGAUUAAUGGCAAGCGCAUCAUAA